UGGGGCGGGCGCAGCGAGCCGGCGCAGCUGUCCGGAAUCAUGACUGAAGAUGACGGAUUCCGUGGUGGUGGAGGGUCACGUCAAGUUGAGGGACGGAAAAAAGUGGAAGAGCAGGUGGCUGGUGCUGCGCAAGCCCUCCCCGGUGGCAGACUGUUUGCUCAUGCUGGUGUACAAGGAUAAAUCUGAACGAGCAAAAGGGCACAAGGAGAGGAGCAGCAUGACCUUAGAAGACAUCUGUGGCUUGGAGCCUGGGCUCUCCUACGAGGGCCUGAAUCACACACUCGCAAUCAUCUGUCUCUCUCAAGUUGUGAUGCUGGGAUUUGAGAACAAGGAAACAAUGUACGCAUGGGAUGUACGAAUACGCUACAGUUUGGGGGAAGUUCAUAGAUUUCAAGUCUUUGUAGCACCUGGCACCAAACUAGAGAGUGGGCCUGCUACCCUGCAUUUCUGCAAUGACAUUCUUGUCCUUGCAAAAGACCUUCCUCCCAGUGUCAUGGGGCAGUGGAAGCUCUCAGAUCUGCGCCGGUAUGGAGCUGUCCCAAACGGAUUCAUCUUUGAAGGGGGUACCAGGUGCGGCUUCUGGGCUGGUGUCUUUUUCCUCUCUUGCGCUGAAGGAGAGCAGAUCAGCUUUCUGUUCGACUGCAUCGUCCGUGGCAUCUCCCCGACGAAAGGCCCCUUUGGUUUGCGUCCAGUCCUACCAGAUCCAAGUACAAAUCCAGCCUAUUCAGAAGAAAGAUUGGCUCAUGAAGCUUUGCAAUUAGAAAAGCGCUUGAGCUUGCUGUCUCAUACAAGUCGCCAAGGCAGUGGAGGAGAUGACAGAAGUCUUUCAAGCUCGUCUUCAGACACCAGCCACUCGGAUGUCAGUGUUGGGAGCAGGUUGACAGUUUGGCCUGAGCAGUCUUCAGCCAGCACCUCUCAAGAGAGCCAUGGACUGGCAGCUGCCAAGGGCAUUCAUCUUGGGGAAGAGAAGACCCUUCCAGAAGGGGCACGUGGCACCACCAAACCACCUCCGAAGCCUCUCCGAUCCAGGCAGCUGCAGGAAAUAGGUCGUCAGAGUUCUUCAGACAGUGGAAUAGCUACUGGUAGUCACUCUUCCUACUCUGGAAGCUUCUCUUCCUAUGCUGGGAGCUUGGACAUUUGCCACGGUGAUGAGUUUGGAUCAUUGCUAAGCUUGCCAUUGAACUUUCCAUCAGAUCAGAGUUUAUGUACUUGUCCUCACAGCGAGUCCCAGAGAGGUGUGGGAUCAGAGUAUCAGGUUCCCAGCUCUCUCAGACAUAUUUAUGAUAUACCCAGGAGCGUGUUACAGGCAGCUUCUAAAGAUGUGCAACAGAAGAGUGCAGACUCUACGCUACCCAAGGACCAGGCCCUGCCACCUCAAGGUGUUAGUGACCCAAAACUGAGGCUACCACACUUGGAAGCACGGAGGGCACCUGAGCACAGCCAGGACAGAGGGAGGCCUUUAUCCUUACUCGCAGAAAGCAGCAAGGACUCAAGUGAUGAGACAUAUGUGGAUUUUGUUUCAAGGUGGUCAGACACAAAACCACAAGGACAGGUGUCAGACUCCAAAAGUAGUGAGUUGUCACCACCUGGUGGGGCCUCAGCUGACCCCUGUGACACAUGUAGCCCCCACCUUGGGAUGACAAGAGCUCUUUUUUCAGCUUGUCCAAUCUGUGGUGGACUAAAGGGAACAGCAGUAUUACAGUCUGGAGUCUUACCAGCUACAUCAGCUUCUGGGUCUUUGAAAGUGCAUAGAGGGCACAGUCUCCAAGUUGGUCCUAAAAGUGGACAUGAGAUGCUAACACUUCCUUCAGAACCUGGAACUCCAACUGGCUCUGAGGAACCUGAAGGGGCAGUAGGUUAUUCGGCUGAUGUCCCUACAUCAGAUCGACCCCACAGUGAGACAGCUACCUAUGUUAAUAUUCCUGUCAGUCCUACUUCCAAAAAACAGCUUCAUUACAUGGAACUGGAACUUCAAGAACCUAGCACGAGCAUAAGAGGGAGUGGAUCAUCCCGAUAUGCACAGAUUGACAUUGCAGCCACUGAGACAGCCCACAAAGUGGGGACACAGCACGCCCAGUGCCGGGAGGAACGUUUGCAGGAGCUGGAGCAGAAGAAGAAAGGGGCUCAGCUGUGACCUGUCUAGGAAAGAACUUUUUGCUCACCACAAAUUGAUACUAAUUCAUCUUCCAAAAGAUUCACACUAAUUGUAAAAAAUAGUCACACAAAAUGCUGCCAUUGCUUCUUGCAUUUAUACCAGAUUCAUUCCAAUAUCUUGAUUCCUAAUUGGAAAGCUGGUAGCAUGAGCGGUGUGUUUGGUCUUUCUUUUUAUUUUAAUUUGGUUGUAAAGUCCAGAUAUUUUUUUUCAUAUGCAAUGACAGAUGUAAGUUACCUUUUUCUAUAAUUCUAAAAUCAUGGAGAACCUGGAACCAAUUUCAGUGCUUAUUAAAUGGUGGCAUUUUCUUUAAAAAUAAAGAAAUUGAAUGUGUGUAAAUAAGAGAAUGUGAGUGUGUGUGUGGUAAGUGUACACAUAUGUUUGCAUAUGUGCACAUGUAUGUAUGUAAACACACAUUACUGAUAAAAUAUAUGUAUAUAUCUGAGUGUAUAAAACAUGUAAAACCUCUAUUAAUAUAUUAAUGGACUCUUACAAAAGCAAGAAAUCCAGUGCCUACUUUUUUGCAGGCACAGUUUUGUUCAAUUUGUAUGCUUAUUUAUGGACAUGCUUAACUUUACCUAUGGAUACUUCAGUUUUAUACCUCACCAAGAAUCCUGCAGCUUUGGCUAAAAUUGCUCAGAUUUAAAAGCUGUAGUGUCAGGGAUGCAUUUGUGUAUGCAUACAGAAAAGACCACACAAAUAAGUUAUUUAAUUAUGUCUAUAAGCCACAGUAAUGUGAAGGGCCAUUUUGGGUGCUUCUGUUCUUAAAAACCCUAGAUCAAACCAUAAGUUUGAUUUCAUAGCUGCUGAGUACCUGUAAUACUUAGCAAUUUUUCUGGAGUGGAACAUAUGUAUCCCUUUGAAAAUCAGGCCUCAGGUUUCUCAGACAGAAUAUUUUAAAAUCAGGGUAUUAAAAAGAAACAUUCACUUUUGAAAAUUGAAUCCUUUAUAUCACAAACCUAUCCCUAAUAUGAACCAGCAUCAAAAGCAGAGCAUCCACAUUACAUCUAAACAUUUCAUUGAAUAAUUCUCUGCUGUCCCUUAAAACGUAAAACCAGUUCUGUGUAAGAGGAUGAUGUCUCCAGAGAUGCUACAGAAUUGAGGCACAACAGGAUGUUAUCUUGUAAAAUAGGUUUAACCAUGAGUCUGUGGCAUCCUGCUUUUGUACAGUGAGAUUGUAUGAUUCAAAACCUGGUUUCCCAUGUUGCAUUGCCUAUGUAAUUCUUCUGUUAUUUUUAUUUGUCCUGAUAUAAAAUGUUAUUUAAAUAAAAUGUUAUU